AUGCACACUUCAAAGCCGAACGCAGGGGUAAGCCCGGCAAAUAUCAGAAACAGUAAUUAUGAGCGCUCAGGUCGAAACAGGGAGACCGUUUUCCUCAUCCUGAUUGCGCGGCAAUUUGCAAAAAUUUGCUUUUUGGCCGAAUUGCGAGAAAGCCGUUCGUGUGAAGCAGCAUUGAUCUGGAAUGCAAAUGUCAAGACUGUGAGAGCCUGCACUUGCAGUUCUGCUCUGGUAGAUAGUGUUACACACCAGAUGCCCGGUUUUACCGCAGCAAAGCAUCAAAACACGCACUCAACCAAAAAUGAGCAAGCUAACGUGCAAAAAUUUUAA